AUGGACCAUAUGUUUGGAAGAGGAAGACUGGAAACGGCAAUCUGGGCGGCAAAGGUUUUGCUGCUUUGUGUAGGGACAGUGUCGACAGUGGUAUUCUUCAAAGCAGCAGUCAUUCCUUACCUGCUCAACCUCAGUCUUUCCCUCGUCCCCCACAUCUGGACCUCCUUCAAAAGCUGCUGCUCUUUAUCCCCUCUUUACAUCUUCAUCAUCCUCAACUUUAUCAUCGUCACCAUCGCCGCCUCCUCCACUUUCCAACGCAGAAACCACAAAAACAAUGCCAAGACCACUGACAGCAUUGACCCCUCUCACGAUUUUAUUUACAGUCCAGACAGCAGCACCGACAACAAGUACAACAGCAGCCAAUCCCAGAUGUUGUCCGCCCAGCCGCAGCAGCAGCAGCAGGACAGAUUAAUCCAAAGUCAUCCGGAAGAUGAUGCAACUUCUCUAUUUUCUUCAUCAUCUCUGGACAAGAAUCUGUACUCAUCGAAUAAUGAGAUGAUGAGUUGGCUUGACAUUCACACAGUACAAGAAGGUGUCAUGCCAAGUACUAGUCUGAGUACUAGCACUACUACCUUUGAUUAUGAUGGUCAUCAGCGAUCUGGGCCGUCACCGGAAAAGUGCUGCGGUGACUCGAUGCCAACAGAGGAGGAGAUGGAGGCGGAUGAUGACACCAAGACAUUGGACACGACAUGGAAGGCCAUCAUGGAGGGGAAAGGCAAGGCAAGUGGUAAGCACCUCAAAAAGAGUGACACUUGGGACACGCCUCCUCGCCUAACCGGCCGGCAAUUGGCCAUCACAAGUACCAAAUUCAAAGUCCCACAACGUCAACUAAAUCAAUGUAACUUUGAUGACGAUCACGAUGACGAGGACGAUGCAUUGACAUGGGCUCGCCGGGAGCUUAAGAAAUCGGAUACAUUUAGCGACAGAGUGUCGUUGAGAAGGGAAAAGUCGAUGACUCAGGAAGAGUUGAACCAGCGAGCAGAGGCCUUCAUCAAGAAGUUCAACAACGACAUCAGGCUCCAGAGGUUAGAAUCUGAUCAACGUCGUUUCAGGGAGAUUGCUAGCACCGGAAUUUAG